UGGAUAGUGUGUUGAAGUGCUAAAACUAAAAAAAAAAAGUAAUAAAACUGCGUGUGGAAAAUGCUGGCAGAGCAGCGUUUUCAGUGAAUAUAACGUGCGUUAAAAUUGAAUAAUAGUAGUUAACGUGCUGUGUGUUAAUGCGUAUAUUAAGUAAAAGUGAGAAUAAAAGCAACAAACAAACAUGUUAUAAUCGGCCUACGUAAAGUAGACAAACGUUGUUCUACUUUAUCCACAUAACGCGCACACAAACACACAUACACUCACACACACACACACACAACCACACUCAGACUCACACACACACACGCGCGCCUUAGUAGCGCUGCCGCUGAGUGUCAACAGCUGCCGCUACCGCCUCCUCGCUCUGCCUUUGUGGUGGUGGUGGUGGUGGUCCCACAGUCAAAAUGUCGGACAUUAAUGACGAUCUGCUCAACUAUGAGUUAGGUCUGGGCGAUGACAUCGAUGACCAGGCGCUGCUAGGCGCCGAUGAGGAUGAGCUACUGCUCUCCGAUGAGGAGCUGGAAAAAGAUGUGACCAGUGAGGAGAAACAGCAGAUGCGCGCCGAGGCCGAGGAAUGGGCCCAGGAACAACUGCGCAAGCACAAGGAACAGCAGGCGGCGGCAACAGCAGCAGCAGCAGARGCUGCAGCAGCAACAAAAACACAGCAGCAGCAACAGCAACAAUCCGCCGCAGUUGCUACUGCUGCUGCUGCUGCUGAAGCGCAGUCACCUGCAGCGAGCAAAGAGAGACGAGCUAGUCGGGAUAUACCCAGUGCCACAAUUGUGGCAGCGGCAGAGACAACGACAGCGCCGAUUGCAUCUGAGACAGCGCAGCAGGUCACAGAGUUCGCUGCGGCUACAUCGACAACAGUUGCUGGCGGCGAGCAACAGCCAAACGAAGAGCUGGGGGAGCAACGGGCGAGCCCAACAACAGGCAGCAGUAGUCCAGCUGUGAACAAUGGCAGCUCAAGGGCAGUCAACGAGGAGCACAGAGGAGGAGAGGAGCUGACAGAGCCCGACAAGGAGCCAGAGCCAGAGCCAGAGCCAGAACCUGAACGUUGCGAUGCCGAGACAUCAGAUAGAGACGGCCUAUCGUCGCUGUUGGCCACCUCGCAGGAGAGUCUGCCAAGCACCAGCUCUGCCUCAGAGCUGCCCGAUCCACGCGAGGAUGACGAGGAGCGUGAGGAGCGCACCAAUUUUAAAACUGCCAGCGAACGUUCCGAUAACCAGAAGCAACAUUUGCAACAGCAGCAGCAACACUCGCAGCAGCAACAACUGCAGAGGCGACAUCAUGCGGACAAACUACGCAUGGGUGGCUCUGGGGGACCACGAUUUAUGGCGGGCAACAACAACCAGAACAGCAACAGUAAGCGCGGAAUGGGCGCUCGGCAUCAUCUGUUGCGCAAUCCCGGCCCGCACAUGUUCAAUCCACAACGGAUGCUGGGCAUGUCGAUGCCACGGUUUCUGAUUCCCGGCCAAUAUGCACCACAAGCACCACCGUCAACACCCACACAACAGCAACAACAACAGCAACAGCAACAACAACAGUCGCCAUACACCACAAACAAUACAGGCCCCGUUCCAUCCGGCGGUCCCGGUCCCGGUCCCGGUCCCGGUCCCACUCCAUCCCCGCAUCUACACAAUCCGCACUUGCUGCAGCAGCAACAUAACAACAAUAACAACAACAACAACAGCAGCAGCAACAAUGCCAGCAACAACAACAGUGGGGGCGGACCCAACGGAUUGCCGCCGCCGCACCUAUUGCCGCAUCCGCAUUCGCAUUCACACUCGCAUCCGCACGACCAGGUGCGAGUGGGUCUGCUGCAGCCCCCGUUGCCAUUGCCACUGCCCUAUGGCGGUGCCGCCUAUCGCAAUGGCGCGUUGCUAGGCCAGGGCCCACAUCCGCCCCCAGUUGCACCACACUCGCCCGGGAUGCGGCCACCGCCGCCCUAUCGCAAUGCGCCGCCUGGCUAUGGCCCACAUGGACCUGGUCCCGGGCCCGGAGGCCCUGUGCCCGGCUACGAUCCGCAUAUGGGGGGCCAGUACAUUCGACCGCACAACGGCUGGCGGCCCCAGAGCGAUGCGCCUGGCUCGCGCAUGCCACGCCCACCGCUGCAGGCGUUGCCCCAGCACUUGCUAGCGGGCGGACCCGGCUACAUGAACGGCAUGAAUAUGCGUGCGCCGCAUCCGCACAUGCAACAGCAGCAGCAGCCGAAUCCCGGCCCGCCAGGGGCCGCAACGCAGCCUCAACAACCGCAGGCAGUGGCGCCAGGUGCCGCGCCACCAAUUGGUCCCGGUCCUCACCAGCAGCAGCAACAACCGCAGCAACAGCAGCAACCAGUGGUGCAGCCGUCGGCGGUGCCGCUCGGCGUUGUCAGCAAGGUGCUGAUCAAUCCGAACUUCAAGGGCGGCGUCAAGGCGGCCACCAACAAGUUCAUCAAGGAGACGCACUUUGUGCCGGCCAUCAACAGCGAGGCGGAGCUGCUGCGACAGCAGGAGGAGUUCAUAUUCAAGAAUCAGCAGUACUUUGAGAAGCGACGCAUGGAACGCUCACCCCCGCCGCCCAGCGCCAACUCGGCGACGGCGUCGGGUGCCCAAAGCGAGCGACGGCGGAGUCGGACACGCAGUCGAUCGCGUGGACGCAGUUACUCGCCAUUGAAACGCACGGAGCGGGAGCGGGAAAGAGAUCGCGACAGGGACCGGGAAAGAGAGCGAGAGCGAGAGAGGGAACGGGAGCGGGAGCGAGAGCGCGACAGAGAACGAGAUCGUGAUCGUUAUGGAGGCGGUGGUGGAGGAGGCGGAGGAGGAGGAGCUCGUCCAGYUGCGAGCAGCGGUGGUGACAAUCGAGGCUACCGACGCGCUGUCAACAGCAGAGAACGCGAUGAGAAUCGCAGUGGAGUCGGCGCCGCACCGCCCAAACGGCGACGCAGUGGCUCGCCAAACGGGCCGCGGAAUCCCUUCUCAGGCGAGCCGCGCAAUCGGGCAGCGGAGGGCGCUGCCAGUGGCAGUCGCAACCUGCCCAGCGACGAGGACGAGGAGACGCGCGCCUAUCGCCUGAAGAUCGAGAAGCAGAAGCAGCUGCGCGAGAAAAUCAUGCGCGACAAGGAGCUGAAGCGGCGACGCGCAGCCGAGGAGAAGCAGCACGAGGAGAAGCGCGUCGAGCAGCACAGUCCGGCGACACGGGACGAUCUGGAGUCUGGCAGCGGGCAGGCGGGGAGCACAGCGCCUGGCAGCGCACAGAAGCAGCGGCAGGGCAAUGAGCGCAAAGUCAUUUCGCUGAAGCGACGCGAGGACGCCGAGGCGGGCAAUGGACGCAGCAGCCGGCAGCAGCAGCAGCAUGCGCCAGGUGUGCGCAAGCAGCUGACGGCUGCAAAGAUUGCGCCGGAGGCGAAGCGCAGCAUAACCGAGCACUUGGCGCCGUCGAGCAAGCAGCUGUCAGGUGGCGGGCGAGCCGCUGGCGGCACACCGCCCACGAGCAGCAGCAGCAGCGGCAUCAUUAGCACCACCAGCAAGGGGCGGGAUGUGGCGCCAGCUGGUGGCAUGCUGCGGCUGGGCACGCCCAGCGACGAUGAGGUGGACCUCGACUAUGACGACGAUGAUCUGAUGUUGGAUGAGGAGGAUCGUCUGCUGGCCACACCAUCUCCACCGCCGCCGUCGUCGUCGUCGUCGUCGCGUCCCAACAUCAAGCGUUCGGCCACGCCGGAGCUGCUUGUGGUCAAACGCAAUCCGAAGCUUGCGCGCAGCGGUGCUGCCAGCUUCAGUGGCGGGCAGCGGCGCGUGGUGCUCAAGCCAUCCAGCAGCAGCAAUGGUGGCUCGGAGCAGCAGUCCACGUCGCAUGGCGGCGGCAGCAACAGCAGCAACAACAACAACAACAGGCAACGGGAGCGACGUCAGCGCGAGGAGCAGCAAAUGCAGCGUAAGGGCAACAGCAGCGCUGGACAAACUGGAGCUAACAGCGGCAUCUUUGAGCGUUUGGAAAAGCGUCAGGCGGCAUCAUCAACAUCGUCUGGUGGAGGAGGAGGAGGAGGAGGAGGCGGAGCAGGAGCAGGAAGUAACAGUGGAGGCGGCAACAGCAGCAACAAGCAGCGCACC